AGUCGUGCGACGAACGAGAAACACGAUAGCAGAGUAUAGGGAAUCCGGUAAAGCUUGACUCUGCUCCGUCUCACAACUUCAGUUCGCUCAAAGUCGUGAAGUUGUUUGGACGCACCGCGAUUGUGAUCGUGUGUAUCAACAUAGAUCUUUUACUGAAGUGUAAGAUUUUCGUUGUCAGUGACGGAAUACCAGGAACACUAUAAAUAUAUCAGGGUAAUUCGGUUGAGUUUCUUGAGAGGGCUGUGCUUUUUUUUAUUCCUCAUUAACAGCAGAGAUUAGCGCAACAGGGACACGGACUUCAAAAGUGUGUUGAUCCAUAAUUUUGUUUUCCUAAAAAAAAAAAACUGUUUCGGAACAAACAAAAAUCAGAAAGUGCAUAGAAGUUAGGAUUAAUGAUUAGCUCAAUAAAAAGGAUUCUAAAAUGCAAAAAUAUAGGUGAUUGCACCCGAUGCAAUUUUGGUGAUUGUAUUGAAUAACUGUAGGACAAGGAAAAUAAAACAUUCAAUGGGCUAAUGUGUAAUACGCAUGUAAACUCUUAAGGAUCUGAUAAUUGUGAAUUAAAUGUGUCUCUAGUAAAUAGUAAUCAUCGAGGAAUUCUGACGAAAUUCAUGAUAAAAUCAUCAGGAAUGACAGUGACUCCGCUACGCACGGCUAUGACAAGCCCGACGGUUCCUCCGCAACAAAAAUCCAGUUCACGUGUCAGUAACUUCAGUGUGGCCUCACUCUUGGCCGACACGAGGCCAAAGAGUCCCUCAGACGUGGAAAUAGUAUCUGCCACCAAUCUGAGUAGUCGAAGGCCGAUAUCACCGCGAGAAUCCCAGGAAGUCAACACGGCGGACAGCCUGACGAAAAACGAACGAAUUUAUUCACCCGCGCACAGUUCGGCCGCUGACUCAGAUGUUGAGUAUGAUUCCAAUCAGGAAGAUUCAAUUGUCGAUAUUGAAGAUGUGAACAAUGAGACCAGUUCAACACCCGGUCUCGAAAAAUCCCAAUCACUACUUCCGUCACCCACACUCACCGGACAUGUGCCCAUUAGGCCAACACCGUUCAGUGCAUUAGCGGCGGCUGCGGCCGCUUGGGGCGGCAUGGGGGGCGCAGUGCCUUGGCCAUCGGCCAGACAAAUACCACCGUUCGGCCCACCGGGCAUGUUUCCUGGUCAGAGCUUUGCAGGAGGACCCGUCUCUGAUAACCAAGAGCCGCCGCGCAUAAAGUGCAAUCUUCGGAAGCACAAACCUAACAGAAAGCCUAGAACUCCCUUUACAACCCAACAACUCCUAUCACUCGAGAAGAAAUUCAGAGAGAAGCAAUACCUUAGUAUCGCCGAACGAGCUGAAUUUUCAUCAUCCCUCCGACUGACAGAAACCCAGGUGAAGAUUUGGUUCCAGAAUCGACGUGCUAAAGCGAAAAGACUUCAAGAGGCUGAACUUGAAAAGAUCAAAAUGGCAGCCUUGGGUCGAGGGGCACCUGGGGCUCAACUCUACAUGGGAUACUUUCAUCCAAGUCUCAUGGGGGGUGCGAUGCACUUAGGGUAAUUAAGGUUCCAGAGGUAUCCGAACAUUGGACCUCUUCUUUAAUUGACUAUUAUGACAGUUUUAUAACACUCUCUAUGAGGGGUGAAGUUGAGAAAUAAACUGAACGCGUAUAGCUGAGAACUACAAUUCAUAAUUACCUUAUAAAUCGGUAUUAAACGGUCUCAAAAUUGUGUUGUCUGAAUCUGAUUUUAAAAUUUUCUGUUUUAUGACAGUGUACAAGAGAUUCAAAUUUAGAAAUUAUAUUUCAUAUUUCUUUGUUAUAUUACUCAUUUUAUUGAAAAAAAAAAAACAUUGUGAACAAAAAGUCUCUCACAUUCUUAUAUGUAUAGCAUGUGAAUUGCAACUUCAAAAUGCAGUUUCAUUUCAUGAAGAAAUUAAAACGAAAUUGCUAUAUUAACUGUUUUGUAUGUUAAUUUGUUUUUAUUUUGGAAAUAUUAUGAAUAAGAAAUGGUCUCCAAUCUGCUUCUGCCUGCGUCUUGUUAAUUUUAAAAUGUAUCAUCUGACCAUAAUCAUAUUUUGGACAAAGUAAAUAAUGCGAUGCAACCUGCAAUACAAAGUUUAUAAUGAAUCCAGUGCAUCUGCUAUAUUGUACAUUUUCAUAUAGCAGAAAAAUAAAAUGUAACGCAAUUAAUUAAAAUCUAAUUUCUUUUACACAAUUGUUAUAAAACAUAUGCAUAUUAAAGUCAUGUUUCCACCAUUAUCAACAUAAUUGCAAUAUAAGUAUUGUGUGAAAGAAAAGAGAAUGCCUGAGAUACAAGAAAGAGAGAAGCGUAGUACUUGGAGUAAUUGUGAAAAAUUAAAGAAUCUCUGGGCAAUGCUUGAAAUAAAAUAACAUGAAAUCACGCUAACUACAAAACGGUUCAGCUCAAUGUUUAAGCGAAUAUGCGUCCAGUUUGUUUACUACACUUCACAGAAAGAACCUUAUCAAUGACAUAUUUUGCAAGAAAAGGAAAAAGAAACUAAUUAUGUAUUUAUAUGAUCUACAUAUUAGUGAAUUUAUUAUUUAAAUGAUCACUGUAUUAUAAAAAACACACAAUUAAUGUAAUUUGUAAAUAGCUUAUAGCUUUUGUAUAACAAUUAAUUGUAGUGAUGAAUUGAUGAGAGAAUAUUUAUAAGACGAGGUAAUUCGUUUGCGUACAUAAUUUCCAUUUGUCGAUGAAUAAAAAUGAUUAUAUAUUUUGAAUUCCAUUACUUUAAAAAGAAAACAAAACCUUCUGAAAGACUCUGUACAUAAUAAUUUGAAUGAAUAGUGGUAGAACUUGGACAAAGAUGUAAAUAGUAAGAAUAGUAAUUGUAGGUGAUAGAUUACACUACAAAUUCAAUGAUUCACUGAGACAUACAUAACAUGAACUAUGUGACAGAAUAAUGAUUUUAAAGGUUACACUUAAGAUGAAACAAUAUACAUACAUAAAUGUGUAAUAUUUAGAAAAUAUUCUGUGUUGUUGAGAAAAGAAAAAAAAAACAAAUUCUAUCAUCAGUAUGUUGUAAGGCUAUAUAUUUAAUAAAAAAAGUGAAAAAAAGGAACACAAAUUGCAGACACAAAAAUUGUAUAUUAACAAAUGCUGAUCAUAAUUCAAGAAAUUCGUUUUGAAAAACACGUGAAGAAUCCUUCAUGUACGCAACACUAAAUUAUGCAAGGGAAUGUACAUUUGCAGAAAGGGUCUAAAAUGGAAAAAAAUAUCAUUGUGAAGAAGACGAAAAAAUGCAAAUAUCGAAAUGUAAUACGCGAAAAGAAAACAGAUGAUUGAAAGACAUUAGAUAAAAAGUCAUAUACAAUAAAAUUCAAUGAUCGAAUUAA